GCCAACUUACAGGGACGGCUACGUGAAGCUCGUCAAGCAGCAGUAGAAGCUUCCAAACAAGCUAGACAAAUAUAUGGGAAAUAUUAUGAUCGAGGCAAGAAAGUGGUAUUCCAACCCACAGAGGGAUCACUUGUUUGGUACUACGAACACAAGAAUCGUAUGGGUGGACUACCUCCCCUUAGUGGCAAAUGGCGUGGACCAGCCCGAAUCCUCAGACGCUUAGGGCCAGUUUCUUUUGAGGUACAAAACCUAGACACAGGAGUUCAACUCAAGGCCCACUUGAAUCACCUGAAACCCUAUCGCCCUUCUGAGGAACUCUCCUAUGCUGUCGACGAUGACGAGGAAGGACUGGAGGAUAGCGAGGAAGUAGGCGAGGAUGAUACCAACCAGCCGGGAGCAGAGGCCCAAGAUGCAGGCGCUCCAGAGGAUCCAUGGAUAUCUGUUCUGACGUCCUUUGCCAGGGAGCCAGAGGAGUGUAGGGAGCUGGAGGUUGCUGCCGAGACGCUGAUCAGCAAUAAAUAGAGUUGAUAGUAUUUUG